GCCAAUUCGAUUUCAAGUCUAGGGUUCUUCUCCACAUGAUCAUCAUUGAUCAUUAGCUCGUCGAAUUCUUCUUUCAAUCAGCUUCUCCGAUCAUAAUAAGCUUAGGGUAAAAACAUGGUGCAGAUCUAUUCUCUCUGUGGAAAAUGGAAACGAAAUGAAAAAUCUCAACUGGAGUUUGUACUAGACACCUACAAAUUUGCAUCAUUCUCUGAGAUUGAUGAAAACGUUACUUACAAGGAUUUUCUUGAGAUGGUUAUCGAAGAUUUGAGUAUCGACUCUCAAGACAUUGCACUCAGAUAUGAACUUCCAUCGAGUACUGAAUCCAAGUCUCCACCAGUCGAUAUUAGAAAUCAUCGCCAACUAACAACUUUCUUCAACAAGGUCAAAGAAAAUAGUAGUGAACUCAUUCCUUUGUGUGUAACCGUGAAUGACAAAGUCAACAUGAUUGCUCUUGAGAAUGUUGGUACCAACAUAGAGUCAAAGACCAUACACAGUGGAGAUAAUCAUUCAUAUGUAGAUGAAUCUAGUGAGCCUGAAAAACAACAGGAACUUCAUGGAUCAAUUGAGAGUAAUAACAUCAUGUCAGAUUCUGAAGCGCACAACGACAGAUAUGAAGAAGGAAACCAUCCAUUUCGUUUUCAUCCUAUUCUAGCUCCUUGUCCAAUCUCUGUUGAAUAUUCAUACUCUACUAGAGACUCUGAUGGUUUACAUGUGAACCAACGUUUCAAGAACAAGCAAGAGUUGAUGUUAAAGAUGAGAAAAUGGGCGUUGGAGUGGAAGUUUGAGUUUAGAUCUCUUUACUCAGACAAAUCAAGAGUGGUGUUAGUGUGCGUGGACGAUAAAUGCACCUGGAGGAUGCGUGCAACUAAGAUUAAUUCUUCUUCCGACGUCUUUGUGGUUAAGAGAUAUGUUCAUGAGCAUACUUGUGAUACAACGGGGAAAAGUGUUAACCAUAAGCAAGCAACUGCGAAAUUGGUUGGGACUUUGAUAUGCAAUAACAAUGGAGAGGGAAAGGAUGGUCUCAAACCGAAACAGAUUAUCGAGCAAGUCAGAAAAGAACAUGGUAUUGAGAUCACGUAUGGAAAGGCUUGGAGAGCAAAAGAGCAAGUCGAGAAUUUGAUGAGAGGGACUCAUGGUUCUGAAAUUGAAGUCUUAUGUUCACCUAAUAAGCAAAGUAAUGUGAGAUCAACGAGAAAGAGAAUGCGAUCAGCUGGUGGGUCACAUAAAUGCAGCAAAUGUGGUAGAGAAGGACACCAUAAGAAUACAUGUGACAUCCCCUCAGCUGUAGAAGAGGAGAGCACCCAAAUCCCAAUGGUGCCCACAUAGGUUCAGUAUGCUGAAAGUUUAAGGAGAUUUUCCCUAUUAAACACUACAAGUAUUGUUUUUAGUUUUCUUUGGUUCUGACCAUGUCUUGAUUAACAUAGAAAGGCACUUUAAAUUUUACAACUGUUAUGAGAGUGUAUGUUUCUUUAAGUGUGUGUGGUUGGUAAACUGCUAGUAAGCAAGUAGAAGGAAGAAUCAAAAACAAAUGGACGUUGGAUAUGCUUAAGAAUUUGAUUAUUGCGAAAUUUAAAAACAGAGUUGUAGCUAGUUGAUAUGAUUUUUUUAUUCAAAUAAAAGUCUAUAACUCAAAAGUUUCUGACAUAUAUCGAUUCAAAUAAUGAGACAAAAGAAUGAGUCCUAACAAGAAUUGUAAUGAAUCAAAAGUCGAAAUUUGUAUGUACAGUCAACAAAUUCCUAAAAAUAAUUCAAAACAUAACAAAUCAAAGUUUCUCCGAGAAGUCAAAACGUGGCUUCUUCGCCGGCAUGGGACUCAUCACUUCCUCGUCUCCGUUAACAAACGAGAACUCCGGUAUCGGAGGGAUAUUAAGGUCAAACCCACGGUGACUAACGCUGACGUGGCUUGUGGACCCCACUCCUUCAGAGUUAGACACGCUACUAGUGUUGUUAUUAUUAUUCCCUUCGUAGUGGCACCUCUUGUGUCCUCCAAGAGCUUGUCCUGAAGGAAAAGACUUGUUACAGAUCGUGCAAACGUGCGACUUCCCACUCCCGGUUGUCACGGCGGACGUGGUGGUCGCCGCCGACGUGGAUUGAUCAUCUCCUCCGCCGCCGGAUUGAGUCUGUGACAAGUUUUUCCUGUGGCUCGCCUUGUGUCCGCCCAGAGCUUGGUAAGACGAGAAAGACUUGUCGCAGACGCUGCACUUGUAAGUCAACGAAGACGACUUCUCAGCUACCACGGGAGGGAGAGGAAGAGGCUGACGGUUGCUGCGGUUACCGUCGCGAGCGAGAAGCAAGAGGCAGAAGGCGAGAUACUCUUCUUCCGUGAGGUUUUGUUGGUUGAAAUCGGAUCUUGAUCUUUUUGAACGUUUGCCUUUGGUCCAGUGUUCGACUCCAUGGAAUCUUGAAGAGUCUUCGAACAGAGGAGGGACUGGUGAAGGUAGUCUUGGUGAACUAAGAGCCUCGAGUGCCAUGAUUUGAUAAAAGAAUGAAGAUUUUUAAUAUGAGAAUAUGAGGUUUCUUGUGAUGGGUUUGAGUAUGGAAGAAUUAUUGUUGGAGAUGAAGAGAA